AUGCGCAACAACUUUGUAAUGGCAACGCAUAAUUCUUAUGCUUUCGGAAACGCUAUUGCGGCAAACCAACAUUACAAUAUUUCAACGCAAUUAAAAGAUGGAGUUCGUGUUUUUCUUCUUGCUGUUCUUAAAAACCCAGAUCCAACAAAAUCAGAUAUAGAACUUUGCCAUACUUCUUGCGAAUUAUUGGAUGCAGGAACUGCCGCCGAUACAUUACAAAAUAUUGCAACAUUUUUGCAAAAUAAUCCAAAUGAUAUUAUUACUAUCUUUUGGAGAAAUUAUUUUAGUAAUCUUACAGCAGCUGAUAUCAAAACUGCUUCUGAUAAAGCUGACCAGCGUCGUCCAAUAUACAUGUUAAAUCAUUUUCUUUACACCGAAGUGAAAUCUGGACCAUUAGACAUUGACCUUCCAACUCGAGUCACUGCAAAUCUAACAAAUAGUGCUAGUCUUCAAAAACAUGCUCAAAAUUGUACUACUAUUUUUAAACAAUUCCCAAAUUUUAUUACUGUGGAUUUUUAUGACCAAGGUAGUCCGAACUUAAAUCCGUUUAGUAUUGUUGCUAAUUAUAAUGGAGUACAAUAUACACCAACAACCUACGGUAACGGUGUUUUACCUAACGAUAUUGCAACAUCAAAUAGUGCUAAAAUUGAUUUACAAACCAGUUUGUUUACCGCUUUUGUUUCUUUAUUAAUCGUUUUUAUUUUUGCUGUUGUUGAAUUGUAA